UUUUCAUAUUUUGAGUCCGGGGUUCUUCGUCAGAUAGCUAUCUCUUUACUUUUAUAAGAUAAAAAUAAAAUUUGCAUACACGCGUCAUAUAUUAUUAUUGUUGUUAUUGAUAUUUUGUUACUUUAUUCCAAAUUCCCCUCCAUCUCAGUUCCCAACUCCUCUUUUUGACGAGUCCCUCGGUCCAAAUCGAUCUCCAUUUCUCUCAAUUUCUUAUAGCUCUUAUUUGUGGUUUUAAUGGAGUCAUCACCAUCACCAUCAGCUUCACAAGAACUCAAUGAAGUACAAUCAGAUCUUCCUUCAUCGGUAAGAUCCGUUUCGAGAACCGAGGCUCCGAAUAAUGUGGUUAUGGGGAAACAUCGUCUAGCUGCUGCAAUUGCUGCUCUAAAUCAGGAAAUCAACAUCAUUCAGGAAGAAUUGGAUCAACUUGAUUCAUUUGGUAAAGCCUCCCUUGUUUGCAGAGAAUUAGUUUCAAGUGUUGAGUUGAUACCUGAUGCUCUGCUUCCAGUGACUAGAGGACCCAUAAAUGUUCAUUUGGAUAGAUGGUUUCAUGGUGCCAGUGAUUCAAGACGCAACAAACGCUGGAUAUGAAAUGAAAGCUGGAAUUCAGAGUUUAAUUCCUCACCAAUUUGUAACAUAAAUUAAGUGAAACAAUUCGAAUACCCUCUCUUUUGGUUUAUUUUGUAAUUAAAAUUUUUAAUUUCUGUGUUUUCUGGACUGCUAUGUAUUUGCUCUUUAAAUUCUAUAUAUCUGUUGUUGAAUAUUGCAAGAUGAAAUUAAUGAAAGGUAAGAAAUUGUUUUGUAACA